AUGCCCCGGAGGAAUUUGUGCCAGCAGUGCAGGUCGUACGACGAGGGCGCCGAGGAUCCCCAGGACAAGAAGUGGUAUUGUACAGCCUGCUGGUCGGCCUACAACGGCAGCAACGGCAACGUCGUGGGUAGUGCGGUGAAGGGUCAUAGCUGUGGGGAGAGAGAGAAUAAGCCCCAAAAGGCAGGGGUUCCGCGCCGAAAAGAGUCCACCACCAUGAACAGUUGGGGCCACGAUGCCCAGGGUGCCCUGCAGCGACUGGAGGGUAUGUACGCAAGCUGCUUUCACCAACUGCGCCCCAAAAACUACGCGACAAGCCUUUUGGAGGAUGUUUCGAUGAUCGUGACUGGAACAGAGAAGCAGCAGCGCGCGGGUUCCUUUGUUGGGCAGUUUAUGCAGCGACAGCAAACCAUCACGGUGGUGUCGCACUCUGGUGAGCCCCUUUCACCACGUGGCGAUCAUGUGGGAUGUGUGGGACGCUCCGCAUGCCAGGAGAGCCGCAAGGUUCCACUGGAUAUGCUGCUCUCGAGCGUGGACGAUAUCGUGUCACAGAUAUAUGUUUACUUUGAUGAAAGCAUGACGCAAAUUAUUUUAAAUGCUCUUGACAAGGUUACGGCAUGUGACACAGAGAAGCAACGGGAUACCGUGCGGGUGCGUGUCAUUGACGAACUGCUGCAGACUCUUGGCGACGAGCACUACGAUCUCCUUCAGUGUGUCAUGCACCGACCACGUGACAUCUUCCUUCGCCUCCUGCAGGAAUUCUGUACUCUUGAGGAUGACGAUGGCAGUUUGGACACUGGAAACAGUUCCGCCGCCUGCCCACAACACGCACUAACGGUUCGUUUUGUAAAGACGGCAAAGCAGCGUUCAGAUAUGCGGGAGGUGGUGUUUGCGCGUAAUGGGGAGACAAUGGAUCAGCGUUGGCUGGCACACAUGACACAGCGGUAUCGACAACUCAUGCGAGAAUCGGAGUUGGAUCAGAUUUUUAAACGUGAUCUUAGUGUUAGUGGCUCUUCCGUGACCAGUGGGGCCACUGUGGCGCAGAAAAAGGACCACAUUCGUAUUCACGUCCCUCCACCUGCUCAGAAGGUGAUGCCCAUGACUGAGCGUGUGUGUGUUGCCACUUCCCUACCGGCGUGGACGCACGCUGCCUUUCUCAGCGUCACGCAUCUCAACACCAUUCAGACUAUGCUAUUUCGAACUGCUUUUUACACGUCGCAGAACAUGCUUGUGUGUGCGCCGACGGGUGCGGGCAAGACGAUCUGUGCCCUGCUGGUGAUGUUGCGCUGCGUUCAGGAGCACUUUGUGGAUGGUACUCUGGAUCGUGACUUCAAAAUAAUAUUUGUUGCCCCCAUGAAGGCACUUGCACAGGAGAUGGUAGAAAACUUUUCACGUCGUUUAGCGCCCUUUGCAAUGGUCGUACGGGAGCUCACGGGCGAUAUGCAGCUUACCAAGCGAGAGGUUGCCCAGACGCAGGUCAUAGUGACAACACCAGAGAAGUGGGAUGUCAUUACGCGCAAGCAAAGUAACGAGGGCUUUGUACAGCAGGUUCGUCUGAUUAUUAUUGACGAGAUUCAUUUGCUGAAUGAAGACCGCGGUCCUGUGCUUGAGGCCAUUGUUGCUAGGACCCUGCGUCAGGAUGAACUGCAUGCAGACCAGCAACGACCGACGCGCCUUGUUGGUCUUUCUGCAACGUUACCCAACUACAAGGAUGUAGCCAAAUUUCUGCAAGUUGACCUUGAGGAAGGGCUCAAGGUGUUUGGUCCUGAAUACCGCCCGGUACCACUUGAACAGACAUUUCUAGGGCUGCACACUGGUGUAAAAGACAAGGAGAAUAAGCUAGAUUGGCUUGCGUACACUGAGGUGGUGAGAAAUGUGCGGGAGGGGCACCAAGUAAUGGUGUUUGUGCAUUCGCGGAAACAAACCGUUGGGCUUGCCAAGUACUUUGUUGGGGUGGCAACAAUACACGCCCAGGACAGUUUGUUUAAACCGAGCGGCACCUUGCCGACGGAGGCGGUAAAGCGGGGCGGUAGCCUCCAAGGCCGCGAUCUCACAAGUCUCUUCUCGGCCGGCUUUGGUGUUCACCACGCCGGCCUGAUUCGACACGACCGAACUACAACAGAGGGUUUGUUCCGCGAUGGCUUCAUAAAAGUGCUCGUCUGCACCAGCACUCUUGCAUGGGGCGUGAAUCUGCCAGCACACACCGUUAUCAUUCGCGGGACACGUUUGUAUGACCCAAGUCGUGGGGGUCUUGUUCCCAUCUCCGUCCUUGACGUGAUGCAGAUCUUUGGACGGGCAGGCAGGCCGCAGUACGAUACAAGUGGCCAUGGCAUCAUCGUAUCAGACGAAAAGGACGUAGGGCAUUACCUUCGCCUCCUGGCCAAUGCACUUCCUAUUGAAAGCCAGCUGCAGAAAAAUCUUGCCGACCACCUUAACGCGGAAAUCCACGCCGGGACUAUCUCCUCCAUUGUUGAAGGCUCCAGAUGGUUAGAGUACACAUAUAUGUGGCAGCGGUUGCGGGUGAACCCGCUUAUGUACGGCUUGAAAAUUGCAGAUGUACGCCGCGACCCGAAGAUUAAAACCAUACGGUACGAGCUCGUAAGUAAGGUUGCAGAGGAGCUGGCGAAUGCUGGUAUGAUUCGCUACAAUCAACAGACGGGUGCGGUCGAUACCACAGAUCUAGGACGCAUUGCAAGUCAUUACUAUAUUUCACAUGAAACCAUUGCGACGUUUAACCGAAAGCUGCGGCGACCUGACGAGACAUGGAUUGAUAGUCUUGACAUGGGUGCAGCCAUGGAUACCAUUGCUUCCGCAAGUGAGUUUUCGCAGUUGCGUGUACGACAGGAGGAGCUUGAUGAGUUGCAAAAGAUACACGCCAUGCUGCCCAAGCAGGUGCAGCGCUAUGCGAUUGUUGGGGAAAGCACAGAUGAGACAAGUGUCGAGUGGAAAGUAACGACUCUCAUGAAAGCGUACAUUAGUCGCAUUCAUGUUGAUAUGCAUUCACUGGCCUCGGACAUUAAUUAUGUGAUGCAAAAUGUGCCUCGUAUUUCGAGGGCACUAUUUGAGAUUGAGAUGCAACGCGGCCAUCCGUUAACUACUGCUGUGUUUUUGACCCUUUGCAAGUGUAUGGAGCGGCGCUGCUGGGGAUUUGAACACCCCUUGAAACAGUUCAGCGUGGACUUCACAGACGCCGUCGAGAGGCAUCUCGAGCAGAAGCGACCGAGCAUGAUGCUUCUGCAGGAGAUGACGGCGCGUGAGAUUGGGUUGUUGGUGCACAAUCAACGUAUGGGUGGUGUCAUUGCCGGGUUGGUGGCAUCGUUUCCCGCAGUGAACCUAAGCCUUGAUGCGCAGCCCAUCACACGUACAAUUCUUCGUGUGAAGAUAACCAUCACCCCGACCUUCACCUGGAACAGCCGCCAUCACGGCUCCGUGGAGCAGUUCUGGUUGUUUGUUGAGGACCAGGAUAAUAAUUUUAUCUUUCACCAUGAGGUAGUCUUGCUAAAGCGGAAGGAGGUGGAGAUGGGCGCUCCGGUAAUCGUCGACCUUUCGCUUCCAAUUGUCCCCGAGUACGAGAUGUACUCAGUACGCUUUUACAGUGACCGGUGGCUCGGCAGCCAGGAGGAUUUUACGUUUUCUAUUGGGCAUCUGCACCUGCCGGAUGAUGCACAAGUGACAACGCGGCUUCUUCCUCUCGCGCCUCUCCGUCGUGAAGUGAUACCAGAAGUUUACCAUUCCAUUUACGAAGGGUUCCCACAGUUUAACGCGGUGCAAACACAGGUGUUUCAUGCUAUGUUUCACACGGAUAGCAGUAUUUUCCUUGGGGCUCCGACUGGUAGUGGCAAGACAGUGGCAGCGGAGAUGGCGAUGCUGCGCGUAUUUGAGAAGUGUCCACCCGGGUCGAAGAUUGUGUAUAUUGCACCGCUGAAGGCGCUCGUGAAGGAGCGAGUACGGGACUGGGGCGCACGAUUUGAUCGGCGUCUUGGUCGACGUGUAUUGGAGCUCUCCGGUGACGUAAACCCCGACAUCUCCGCCUUGGUACGGGCGGACAUUUUAUGCACAACCCCUGAGAAGUGGGAUGGUCUCUCGCGUAGUUGGCAGGUGCGCCGCUACGUGACGGCGGUGCGGCUGGUGAUCUUUGAUGAGAUUCAUAUGCUUGGCUCUGACCGUGGCCCCAUUCUUGAGGUGAUUGUCAGCCGCAUGCGCUACAUUGGCUGGCAUCGUAAGGCACCCAUCCGUCUUGUUGGUCUAUCCACCGCCGUGGCCAACCCGGCCGAUCUUAGCUCCUGGCUUGGCGUACAAGAGAAGUGGGCGGUGUUUAACUUUGAUCCUUCGGUACGACCGGUUCCAAUGCGUGUGUACAUCUCUGGCCACCACGGAAGGAAUUACUGCCCUCGCAUGGCGGCGAUGAACAAACCAGCCUAUAAUGCGAUAUGUGAAAAGAGCCCCGACAAGCCUGUGAUUGUGUUUGUCUCCUCGCGGCGACAGACACGACUGACGGCAAUGGCUCUUAUAGGGUUUCUCUUGACGGAGCAAAACACGGCCAAGUUUGUGCGCAUGGACGUGGAGGAAGUAACCGCGCUUACCAACAGGGUCAGCGAUCCCUACGUAAAACACUGCAUGCAGUUUGGUGUUGGCAUUCAUCACGCCGGUCUUCUGGAGGGGGACCGUACUGAGGUGGAAAAUGCAUUUUUGUCUGGAAAAUUGCAGAUUCUAGUGGCGACUUCGACACUCGCGUGGGGCGUCAACUUUCCCGCACACAUGGUCGUAGUGAAGGGCACCGAGUACUACGACGGGAAAACCAAAACCUACGUGGACUAUCCCAUUACCGACGUGCUGCAGAUGAUUGGCCGCGCGGGCCGUCCGCAGUUUGAUAAUGAAGGUGUUGCACAGGUCUUGUGCCACGAGCCCAAAAAGGGUUUCUACCGCAAGUUUCUCUACGAUCCCUUUCCGGUGGAGAGUGCACUGCACCAACAGUUGCAUGUACACAUCAACGCUGAGGUCGUUGCUGGAACCAUUACGUCUCGACAAGAUGCCGUGGACUACUUGACGUGGACGUAUCUCUUUCGUCGAUUAGUGAAGAACCCGUCUUACUACGGCAUGGAGGAUCGCUCGCCGAAGGCGGUCACAAUUUUUAUCUCCACCCUUGUUGCCAACGUCCUGGACGAGCUUGAGGCCUGUGGUUGCAUCACGUCGCAUAAAGACGGGGAUGACGAGGAUGAUAAGGGAAUACAUAUUGCUGACAGUGAUAAUGAAAAGGACCAGGACGCCUUGAUGUGUACUGUCCUUGGCAGGCUAUGCUCCUACUAUUAUCUGUCACACAAGACAGUUCGUUACUUUGACGUCCAUAUUCAUGCCGACAGUACACACGUUGAUAUACUCAAGGCGUUGUGUGAGGCAGAGGAGUUUAAUGAGUUGCCUGUGCGACACAAUGAGGACAAACUCAACCUGGUGCUUAGUCAAUCCUUGCCAUUGCCGAUCAAUCCUAACAAUGCGGAAUCACCCCAUGUAAAGGCGUUUUUGCUUUUUCAGGCGCAUUUUGAGCGGGCCAGUUUACCUAUUUCGGAUUACUACACGGACCUGAAGUCGGCCCUUGACAACGCCGUGCGUGUCGUGCAGGCGAUGGUCGACAUCGCGUCAAACAACGGACACCUGUACGCCGCGCUGCGAUGUAUGUCGUUGCUGCAGUGCAUCGUGCAGGGCCUUUGGUGGCACUCUAACACUCUACUUCAGAUACCACACGUCACGGCAGGGAUGCUACCCACGAUUGCUGCACGUUGUGGUAGCCUUGAGCAUGCGGCACAAGUUGCAAAUAGUUCAUUCGCUGCACUGCAAACCCUACAAGAGGUGCUCCGCGACGACUGUGGUUUGAAUGCAAUGCAGCUUAGUGAGGCGAUGGCGGCCGUAAACGGGUUUCCUCUCAUUGACGUGCGACUACGCCUUUUGCAUCCUCCCGCGCCGAGUUCGAACAAUGAUGGGGAGGGGCACUUGGACGAUGUGUCAGGAAUGGCGGCUGAUGCGGAAUACGCGUUGACAGUGCAUCUCACACGUCUUUCCCUGCAGACCAAACACGUCGUGGCCCCUCACUUUACAAAACCAAAGGACGAGCAGUUUUGGCUUGUGGUGGGGAACGAGAAAACAGGGGAGCUAAUUGCCUUGAAGCGUGUGAAUCGGUUAGUGAAUCGUGUGGAGGCGACUUUGCAUUUUGAGUGGGACGACGACUGGGCCGAGUUCGCAGAGAGCGGUGCGGUGGCGUUAAGCCUCUAUGUCGUGUGUGACUCGUACGUGGGACUCGACCAGCAGUACAACUUCAGCGUGCCAGUGCCUGCUGACGCGUGA